AUGGAGAAUUUUGAAGAGCAUAUUCGUCAUAUUCUGUUUUAUUAUUUCAAAAAAGGGAAGAAAGCAAGAGAAAAGUUGCGUCGAGUUUACGACAGAAAUGUCAAAAAACGUCAGUGUAAAAACUGGUUCGCCCGAUUCCGUGAUGGUGAUUUUUCAAUCAAAGACGCUCAUCGCUCCGAUAAGCCUUCCAAAAUUGAUGACGAUGAAAUGAAAGCAUUGAUGCAAGCAAAUAAGUAUUCAACGGUUCGGGAGCUUGCUACCGCUCUAAAAGUGUCCGUUGGAAGUGUUUAUGGUCAUGGUUUAUGGUUUGAAAUCGCUAGGCUUCGUAAAGAAGCUCGAUGUUUGGGUACCGCAUGA